AUGCCGGAGUGCGAUCCGGUCCACCUUGCCCCUCCAACAGUCCAUGCUGAGCGGGAUCGCUACGACACUAAUCAUGGAACAGGAAAGUCGUUGAAGGGAGAAUGCCUCCGCCCCACGGACGUCUUCUUCCUCAGCUGCCCCCGGACGCUGUCCAACCUGCUCGUCAAGCUGCUCUCGCAGCAGCGCGGCUGGGAGGACUCGGGCUACCACCUGCACCUCGCCUACCUCUACGCCCUCGAGAAUUUCAGCACGCGCGUCGACGCCGAAGCGCCGCCGGACAAGCGCCGCGAGUACGUGCGGCGGCUCCGCGCCAGCUUCGCCGAGAUGGAGGCCGCCCGAGCCGCCGCCCACCGAAACGGAAACGCAAUGUUCCUCAAGAGCCACUGCGCGCAGAUCUGGGAGCCGUCGGCGCUGUACGAGGCGACCAAGGGCGGCGAGUACGCCGCCGAGUUCACCCUGUCCGACGAGGACCCGGCGUUUGCGCGCCCGCUGCGGACCAACCCGACCAUGCUCCCCGACGCGUACCUGCUCUCCUUCGUGCCGGUGUUCCUGAUCCGCCACCCGGCGCUGAUGGUGGACUCGUGGUGGCGCACGGAGACGCGCGCCGGCAUGCCGCCCGACACUUCGCUGAGCACGCGCGUGCUGGCCCACGGCCUCGGCCUCGCGCGGCAGCUCCACGACUGGUACGACGCGCGGCACUGUCCCGGCGGGGCGGGGGGUACGGGGGUGCCGAUCGUGGUGGACGCGGAUGACGUGCUGGAGGGCGACGCGGUGCACAGGCUGGCGAGCACGGUGGGGAUGGACCCGAAGCAGGUGCUGCAGAGCUGGGAGGCGAAGUCGACGGACGGGCUGUUGCCGAUCCACAAGAGCUACGUGCAGGGCAUAUGGGAGUCGACGGGGGUGGACAAGUCGAAGAGCGCACGGAGGCUGGACGUACGGGCCAAGUACAAGGGGUGGCGCGAGACGUACGGCGAGGAGACGGGGGAGUUUAUGGAGAGGCUGACGGAGAGCUACAUGCCCGACUACGAGUACCUCAAGAGCAGGAGGAUGUAG